UGCAAAUGCAUUACAAGUUUAGUCAUUUACAACACAGUAUAAUAAUAUCAUAUAAUUUAUAUCAUUAUUAUUAUUAGUUAGUUAAGAGUCUAAUUGAAUAUUACUAUCAAUUAAGUUUGAAAUUUUGUUUAUUUGAAAAGCUAUCCAUAAGUUCAUACAGUAUACUACAUAACCCUAACUAACCAUUGUUUUGAAUAAUACUAAUAAUAAUAAUACAGUGAAAGACACCGACACCCCCACCCCUCCCCACACACACAUAUCAAAUGUUACCACAUAAGCACCCAUGGGAACAGGAGGUACCGCUAGUCGAGCCGAAAUCGGAACUACACUUUACCGGACCCUUCAACAGACCGGUUGUCUCCAGAGUUAGACUAACAAAUCCGUCGGGACUACCGGUUUGCUAUAAAGUAAAGACAACGGCACCGAACCGAUACUUUGUCCGAUCGAAUAGCGGACUAAUCGGACCGUACGAUACGGUUAUCGUUGUGAUUGCAUUGCAACCGUUAGUACCGCCGCCGACCACUGUCGGUCCUAUUGAUUUUGAUACCGUAAUCGAUAGUAACAAAAAUCAUAAAUUUAUGAUUCAGACGAUGUUUGUCGCCAAAGAAGUAGGUAGUGGUGGUGGAGAUGGAGGUGAAGGAGAUGUCGACUUGAAGAGUCUGUGGAUGAAAGCCAAACCCGAAGACAUAAUGAAUUUUAGGCUCAAAUGUGUGUUUAACGGGACAUAUGAUAGACACCAGAAUCAGACACUAAUGGCUGUCAAUAAUAAUAAUGACAACGAAGAAGAAGACGAAGAAGUGGUAAUGUCUUUGGAUAUAAAAACAUUGUUCGAACGAAACAAACGUUUGCGCGAAGAACUGGCCAAAGAAGUCAAUGAGAAUAUUAGGCUAAAAGAAGACCUAUUGUUGUUGAAGACAAUGAAGAAGAAGACGACGAAUCAGACGACUAAUGGUAGUGUUGUUCUCAGCAAUGGUAAGACUCCGACGUCGAUGACGACUACGACGACGACAACGACAACCAAUUUGUCGGCCAAUGAAUGUCUUCAAUGGUUUCAACAGUUUAUACUCGUAUUGUUGGUAUUGUUUAUAUUUGGCAUUUUCAUCGGCAAAAUGUUGUAA